AUGGAAGAGGAGUCAUUAUACAGAACAAUUCCACUGCUAUUGCAGGCACUUGAGCUAAGAAAGAAAUACAUGAGAGUCAGCAAACAAAACAAGUCUUGGCAUAAAUAUCCUGUUUCUAAUGACAUAUCUGCCACGUACAGUAAUUUCCACUGGUCACUCGUUGGUGAUGAUGUUGAUAUACCCAGCAUCACAGAGUACCAUAAAGACGUUGAUUUUAUUAAUUCCAUGAUACAUAAUGGACCAUUAAAAACCUACUGCUACCAGCGACUAGAGUACUUAGAAUUACAGUUUAAAAUCCAUUUGAACGAAUUUAACUGUAAAGAGAAGAUGGAGCAGAAAAAUCUUUCUAAUAAAGACUUUUAUAAUGUGGUGAAGGUUGACACACACUUGCACCACUCAGCAAGCAUGAACUCAAAAAAAUUAUUGAUUUACAUAAAAAAGAAGCUUAGAGAGAAACCAUUUGAUGUGGUACACAAGGAUAAAUUAGGAAAUUCACAUACACUAGUAGACAUAUUCACUGGGAUAAAUAAAACGGUGGACACUCUGUGCUUGGACAGUUUAGGCACGCACUCAAACUUAGAGACAUUUCAUAGAUUUGAUAGGUUUAAUUCAAAGUACAAUCCGUAUGGAACACCUAUAUUAAGAGAAGUAUUCUUAAAGCAUGAUAAUUACAUCAAGGGUAAGUAUUUAGCAGAGUUAACUCAGGAACUAAUCAAUGAGGUUGAGGAGAAAGAAUAUUUAAGGUGUGAAUGGGGAGUAUCCUUAUACGGAAAGAAAAAAGAAGAACUUGAAGUGCUAAGCAGGUGGGUGUAUAAAAACAAACUAUACAACAAGAACAUAAAAUGGUAUUUACAGGUACCGAGGCUAUACGGAAUUUUCAAGGGGCAUGGUGCUAUAAAGAACUAUGGUGAGUUUCUUGGUAAUGUAUUCAGUGAUGUCAUUGAAUCUGCUGCCAGGCCUAAAACAGAAUUUAUAGAUUUGUCCGAGGAGAGUGCGGUAGAGGAUAAAGAUGUAAUUAUUGACAGAUUUAUGGCUGAUGUAGUAGGGUUUGAUUCUGUUGAUGAUGAGAGCGUAAAAACAAAGAGAACCAGUAUGGAAAAGGAGCAUCCCUCUGCGUGGACACAUAUGGAUAAUCCGCCAUAUUCUUACUAUAUGUAUUAUAUGUACUAUUACGUCACACUAAUAAACAGACUGCGUGUGAGCAGGGAAAAAUCCCCAAUAGUAUUCCGGCCGCAUUCAGGUGAGUCUGGGGAUAUUGAUCAUUUGGUGUAUGCAUUUCUAACAGCUAAAAGCAUUGCACACGGUGUGAAACUCAGAAAAUCUCCUGUUCUGCAGUAUUUAUACUAUCUGUCGCAAAUUGGGAUUGCUAUGUCCCCACUUAGCAAUAAUUCUUUGUUUAUAGAGUACAGAAAAAAUCCAUUUCCUCUGUAUUUCCAGCGUGGACUGAAUGUAUCACUCUCAACAGACGACCCAUUACAGUUCCACUAUACUAGAGAGCCACUCAUGGAAGAGUACAGUAUUGCAUCACAGAUAUGGAAACUCUCCUCGUGUGACCAGUGCGAAAUAGCAAGAAACAGUGUUCUAAUGAGCAAUUAUUCUAAAAAAGAGAAGGAAGAGUGGAUAGGUGUAUACGAAGUAAAUGGCCGUCUUGUAAACGACCAAGCAAUGACAAACGUUCCCCCAACUAGAUUUAGCUAUAGAGCACAGAGAAUUUCUGAAGAGUAUAAAAUUCUGCACAAGUAUUCAUAUACAAGGCAGUGCACUCCAUUUGAGUAAUAAGAAUAAACC